GAGAGAGAGAGAGAGAGAGAGAGAGAGAGAGAGAGAGAGAUUGAGACUUCUAUCCUCGCUCACUUCGAAAGCUUGCAGUCAAAGUUUAGUCGCUUGAGGAGCGCGUGCCUGCACACACAUACACACAUACACACACGCGCGCGCGCACAAUGCACAGAAUUACUGGACUCCUUUGCGUCUUUUUUGUGUGGACGUCAUUUUGUAUUAAAGGCUCUAUACAAGGAGAGCACCAGAGGAGGCUGUAUAAGGAGAUGUUAGAAAACUACAACCGGCUGGAGAGACCCGUGGCCAAUGACUCCGCACCUCUGGUUGUGGAACUCGGACUCACGCUGCUCCAGAUUAUAGAUGUGGAUGAGAAGAACCAAGUACUCAUCACCAACGCUUGGCUACAGAUGGACUGGACAGAUGUGUAUCUAAGCUGGAACCCUGAGAAUUACCCAGGUGUUAAUAAUCUACGCUUCCCAUCCAGUCAGAUCUGGACGCCUGACAUCCUCCUCUAUAACAGUGCUGAUGAGAGGUUUGACGCCACCUUUCACACCAACGUGCUGGUGAACUCCUCAGGAGCCUGUCAGUAUAUUCCGCCAGGUAUUCUGAAGAGCACGUGUUACAUUGACGUGCGCUGGUUCCCGUUUGACGUGCAAAAGUGUGACCUAAAGUUCGGCUCCUGGACUCACAACGGCUGGCUUCUGGACCUACAGAUGCGCGAGGUGGACAUUUCAGCAUACAUCCCUAACGGAGAGUGGGACCUUGUGGGUGUCCCUGGAAAGAGGAAUGAGCUGUAUUAUGAGUGUUGUAAGGAGCCAUACCCGGACGUGACCUACACGGUGACCAUCAGGAGGCGGACUCUGUACUACGGACUCAACUUGCUCAUUCCCUGUGUUCUCAUCUCAGGCCUCGCUCUGCUCGUCUUCCUUCUGCCUGCUGACUCUGGGGAGAAGAUCUCACUGGGCAUCACCGUGCUGCUGUCACUCACUGUCUUCAUGCUGCUGGUGGCGGAGAUCAUGCCUGCCACCUCCGACUCCGUCCCCCUCAUAGCUCAGUACUUUGCGAGUACGAUGAUGAUCGUGGGCUUGUCUGUCGUCGUCACCGUCCUCGUCCUGCAGUUUCACCAUCAUGAUCCACACGGAGGCAAAAUGCCAAAAUGGGUGCGAGUGAUCCUGCUCCAAUGGUGCGCUUGGUUCCUGCGCAUGAAGAAGCCGGGUGAUGAGCGCAAGUCCCCCUACAGCUACUCCAGCGCCAGUAGCAGCAGCCUGCAGAUGGGCAGCGUGCCUGGCACCAACGGCCAUACGAACCUCUACUUUGGCUUCCAUUCGCCAGACAGCACGUGCUGCCCCAACAGUAGCGACUCGGGCGUAUCGUGUGGAGUUUCCUGUAGUGGUGGGCACCGCGAGGCAGCUCCUGCACCAUCAGGUGAGCAGCGGGAGCUGCAGAGGCUCCUGGUUGAGGUGACUUACCUGGCGCAGCGUUUCCGGGCCCAGGACGAAUCCGAGGCGGUGCGAUGCGAGUGGAAGUUUGCGGCGGCUGUGGUAGAUCGCCUCUGCCUCGUCGCCUUCUCGCUCUUCUCUAUCGUGUGCACCUUCGCCAUCCUCAUGUCUGCACCCAACUUCAUCGAGGCCGUUUCCAAAGACUUCACAUAAUCAGCCUGCUUUUAUCUUUUACACCGAAAUGGUAAAAACUAACCACUGCCCGUGUGUGAAAAUAAGAGUACAUUGUGAGUCAGGUUUCAUCUGAGUGAACGUGAGUAAUAUGUUGUUGAUAUGUUGAUGUACCAUCGUAUAUCUAGUCAAAGGUUUAAGAAAACGAACCAUUACUAUUUGUAGGAGUGCAAUACGAGCCACCGAGGUUCACUCCCAAGUUGUUAAAAAAAGGUUUUGUAUAAAUUCAGCUGAAAUUGACAUCAAAUGUAAAUGUAUAAUGAAUCAAAUGAAACUUUCGUAGCAAUCAAACAACAAAGAGUUCUCUGUCAUAGCAUGUGUGAGUGUGACUCAGUGAGCAAGUGAAUCAGUGUGAGUCAGUUUAAUUUGUGUGUGUGUGUGUGUGUGUGUGUGUGUUUUUAUGUAUGUGUGUGUGUGAGAGAGAGAGAGUCAAUUUGAACUGUUCAUGUAGUACAUUAAUAUUUAUAUACACUUCUAAAUCUUAACGAACAAUAAUAAAUUACAGAAAUUAUGAAUUUAUGAAAUGACAAAUGAUAAUAAAUGUAAUGAGAAAUUUAUGAAUGUAUAUACAUUUAUAUUAUAUGAAUAUAUGAUUCAUCGAGUAAUCGAGUGAGUCAGUUGGAACUGUUCAGAGUAUAAAUCAGCCUGAGUCACUUUUAACUAGUGCAAGUUUGAAUCAAUGUAUUAGUUUGAAUGGGUUGAGUAUGAAUCAGUGUGUCAGUUUGAAUCAGUGAGUUAGUAGGAAAUUGGUGUGUGUGUAAAUCAGUUAGUCUGAGUCAGGGUGUGUGUGAAUCAGUUUGAGUCGGUAUGUGUGAAUCAGUAUGAAUCAGUUAUUGUUUUGAACCGGUCUGUGUGUGAACCGUAUUGUUUUGAAAGCCAGUCCUCUGUGUCCGAGUCUCUGUUGGACUGUAGUUUAUCAUGGAUGUUCACGUUAGUCUCUCUGCAGCACUCGUGUAGCAGUAGGUAAAUGAGUGUCACGUUAACACUUUCUUUAGUUCUAUAGUAAACACUGUGCUUUUGGUAAAUACCUGCAGAUCUUUUUGUUGUUGCUUGUUUUGCUUCUCCAAAUGUGUCACUCUGUCACUGUAAAUACAGGCAACUACUAACGAAUCCCCCGAAAGCUUUGAGGAAAAGUUACGGGUUCCAGGAUGAUUAAAGUCCUACUUAUUUUCAUAAUUAACUCUUUAGUAUAAGCUUCAGCUCGUGUAGCAAACUUACUGUUAUGUCUUACUCCAGCAUGACGAUUACAAUCUUACAGUAGCUCAAAACUCAACCGUGCUCAAGCACCAAACCACUAGAAAUAUUUUUAAAAGUUUAACUCGCACCUUCUGAAUACAAGAAACUUUGCUGUUCCCACUUCUAAAGCUUACUAAGUGACUUGCUCACUAAGGUAGUCAGACUUAAAGGUGGGGUCAGAAAUGUGUCAUUUUUGCUUGUUUGUUUAUCUGCAAUCGUAUUGUUCUUCCCUUCAGCUAUGAUAAAGACACAUUUCUUUCCAUUAAUUGCCUGGGUUAAGUAUGUAUGUAUGUGUGGGCGGAGCUAUCAAUACAGGGGUGGGACCCAUUUGGGUUAGGGGCGUGUUUGUUUUGGUGAUUUCAAAUGUCAACAUUGGCUUUCAAACAAUGGAGACCCCACCUUUAAGUGCUCAUAGUGAGGAUUUAAUACAGACUUUUCACUAGUCUUAGACUCCUGUUAAAAAACACAAUUCUGUUAGACGUUUAUUAGCUAUUAGUUAAUUAUUUUUAAUUGUCUUGUAAACUUUUUUCAUCUUUUUUUUGGCUUCUUCACGUAUAAUCUAUCACGUUUUUUUUUUUUGAAACUCGACUGCUUGUGUUUAAAGUGUGUGUGUUUGUGUGUGUGUGUGUGUGUGUGUGUGUGUGUGUGUGUGUGUGUGUGUGUGUGUGUGAUCCCAGGAGCUCUCUUGAGUAUAUAAAUGUUUUUUUUUAAUUUUUUAUUAUCCAUAUUAAAAUCUCUGAGGGUUUAAACACACCAGUCAACUGCUUUUGGCUUUUAAUUACCAAAUAAAUUAGAAACGAACACAUCAGCUGACCUGUGUGGAAAAGCAGUGAUGUCACCAGAUUUGCCCAAACACCAUGAUGUGUACAUCAUGAACAGAUUCUGGUGUAUCUGAUCUGAUCAAUCUGAUAUUUUUUUAAUUGUUAAAUGUACUUAGAUAUGUAUAACAACUGUGGUUGUGUUCUUUUCGUCCUGGAUUAUGUGCUGUCCUCUUUCUAACAUGUACAGGUUUUUGUGCCAAUUCUGUGAGCUAACAGCCAUUUUUUAUUACAAAAUAUAGAUUUCGAAACGAAACCGUUAAAUAAAGAUACGUGUUUAUUGCA